CUGGGAGGGGCCUCUGGGGGGACCUUAGCCUCGGGGGCUGGAGGCAGCAGGCCCUGAGGGUGAGGGAGCCCGGAGGCUCCCCUCGGGAGUGAGUGGAGGGCUGUGCGGGGCCGGCGUGUGCGCUGGGGAUGUGGGUUAGGGUUUGUGUGCAGCAACAGUUAAGGCUCUAGCCAUCCACGGUUUGCGUGCCUUUGGCUUGGCGACGGGGCGCGAAGGGAUGAGCGACGAGGCUCUGUGGGCGCGUGGGGGGCACGUAGAGGGCCCAGAGUGGUUGCACUGAGGAUUUCGCCGGCAGGAAGGGCCGCUGGUUGCUGCAGUGUUGGACUGUACCUGAGCCGUGUGCUCCUGGGAAGAUCCCCCCCUCUCUCGGGUUCCGGGAGACAGCUGGCUGCAAAGGACCCCCUUCCCACAUGAUGCCCUUGUUUACCUGUGACAAGGCCAUAGUUCCCUGAACUCUGGGCCGUAAGCUUGAGCAGCGUGCAGCCCGCCACCGCGCCCAGAACUGGCCGAGCUCCGCUUACUUUGCGGAAAGGUGCCCGCUGACCAUCCACCAUGUCGGUCCUCCUCUCAGCCUGUCAGCCUGUGGGACCAAGCCGGGAGCACGAGGGGCCGCAGGUGCACCCUCACGAAGGAAGCCACAUCCCUGUGUGACCCAGCUGUGAGCCCGUGGAGUCCUCGGCCCUGAUCCGGUAUCCGGCCGGGGGCUGAUUUUGGAGUAGAGAGCCAGCACCCCAGGCCAUUUCCCGUUCCCUGUCCUGCCUAGAAGCCAUGGCUCUCAGGAGCACGAAAACUCAUGUGAAAUAAGAAAGAAGAGGCCUCAGGACUUGGGGUGCAUUCCCAGUCCACAGACCUUUGACCAGAGGCCUUUUUCCAGAGCAUCAGGACAGAGCAGAGCAGAUUUCCCAGGAACGGGGGAGAAUGAUCAAGUCACAGAUAUCAUUUGAGGAUGUGGCUGUGGACUUCACGUUGGAGGAGUGGCAGCUGCUCAAUCCUACUCAGAAGACCCUGCACAGGGAUGUGAUGUUGGAGAACUAUAGCAAUCUAGUUUUCUUGGGGUCCCUCAGCCCAAGCAGUUGGGACUCUCUGUGUUUCCAAUUGACAGGCUAUCAAAUGAUCAAACCUGAGGCGAUUUUCAAACUGGAGCAAGAAGAGCCAUGGAUAUUAGGUGAAGAAAUCCUAAGUCAGAACUUUCCAGAAGAAGUCUGGCUAGAUAAUAAUCUCAAAAUGUGGCACCAGGAUAAUCAAGACAAGCUUAAAAGUAUGGAGAGAGGCCAUGAAUAUGACGUCUUUGGGAAAAUGUUUCAUUCAGGCAUUAACUUUGAUCAUUUAGGAAUGAGAUCCCAUAAAUGUGGCACAGGUGAAAAAAGUUUGAAACAUCCUUUUGAUUUUCUUAUUCCAAAAAGUAACUGUGAAAGAAAAAAACUUGAUGAGCUUAAUAAGAAAUUAUUAUUCUGUAUCAAGCCUGACAAAACCUGUGGUGGAAUAAAAUACUCUGAUUGCAGUAAAUGUAGAAAAGUCAGCAGUAAAGAGCCAGGGCUCAUUACAAACCAAAUAGCACAUACAGGAGUCUGUUUAUGCAUGGAAUGUGGUAAGGUUUUUAACAAAAAGUCACAGCUCAUUAUACAUCAGAGAACUCAUACAGGAGAGAAGCCCUACGGAUGCCGUGACUGUGGAAAAGCCUUCUCCCAGAAGUCAUUACUCACUAUUCAUCAAAGGACUCAUUCAGGAGAAAAGCCAUACGGGUGUGGUGAAUGUCAAAAAGCUUUCAGCAGGAAGUCACUGCUCGUUUUACAUCAGAGAACUCAUACGGGAGAGAAGCCCUAUGGCUGCAGUGACUGUGGGAAGUCCUUUAGCAGGAAGUCACAGCUUCAAAGACAUCAGAGAACCCACACAGUAGAGAAGCCCUAUGGCUGCAGUGACUGUGGGAAGGCUUUCUCCCAGAAAAUAAGGCUCAUUACUCAUCAGAGGACACACACAGGGGAAAAGCCCUACAAAUGUAAUGAUUGCGGAAAAGCCUUCUUUUGGAAGUCACAGCUUAUUACUCAUCAGAGGGUUCAUACAGGGAAGAAACCGUAUGCAUGUAGUGAGUGUAAAAAAGCCUUCAGCAGGAACUCACUCCUCAUUAGGCAUCAGAGGAUCCACACAGGAGAGAAGCCCUAUGAAUGCAGUGAAUGUGGUGAAGCCUUCAUCAGAAAACCGCAACUUGUCAAACAUCAAAUGACUCACACAGGAGAGAAGAACUAUCAGUGCAGGAACUGUGAAGAAGCCUUCUUUAAGAAGUCAGAACUAAUUAGACAUCAGAAAGCUCAUUUAGGAGAAAAACCCUAUGGAUGUGUUGAAUGUGGAAAAACCUUCUUUGGGAAGUCACAGCUCCUGACACAUCAGAGAACUCACACCGGAGAGAAACCUUAUGAAUGUGGUGCCUGUGGGAAAGCUUUCACCCAAAAGUCCAGCCUGGUAUCUCAUCAGAGGACACACACAGGGGAGAAACCCUAUGAGUGCAGCGAGUGUGGGAAAGCCUUCAGUGAGAAGUCAAGCCUCAUUCACCAUCAGAGAACCCACACUGGAGAGAAACCCUUCGAAUGUAGUGAGUGUAGGAAAGCUUUUGCCUGGAAGCCACAGCUUCUUAGGCAUCAGAGAAUUCAUACAGGGGAGAAACCCUAUGAAUGCAGUGAGUGUGGGAAGGCAUUUGUUCAGAAAGUACAGCUCAUUAAGCAUCAGAGAAAUCAUACAGGAGAGAAGACCUAUGGCUGCAGUGAUUGUACAAAAGCUUUCUUUGAGAAGGCGCAGCUCAUUAUACAUCAGAGGAUUCAUACAGGAGAGAGACCCUAUAAAUGUGGGGAAUGUGGGAAAUCUUUCACUAGAAAGUCGCACCUUAUGAGGCAUCAGAGGAUCCAUACAGGAGAUAAAUGCUAUAGAUGCAGUGAAUGUGGGACAGCCUUCCACAGGAAGGCACAGCUCCUGAUACAUCAGAGAAGUCAUAUGCUGUAGACACGGGGCGAGUGCGGUGAGGAUGGGGAGUCUGCCAUCAGGUGUCAGGCCCCUCACACUCUGAGGAUACGUACAGGAGAAAACUCUGUCACUGCAGUGACUGUCUCACCAUACAGAAUUCAGAAAGAGAACUUUUUUUUAAGUAGGCAAUAUAGGAAAACCUUCUUCCAGAAAACAAGACUUAUUACAUAUUGAUGGCUCCUCAGUGUGGAAGUCUUCUCAGUAUUGUGAUAAGUACAGACCUUUCAGUCAAAAGUGACAGCCUAUUAAAUAUUUAGAAGACCUAAACAGGAGAAAAACUCAAUUGUCAUAACAAGUAAGUGAAAGAUUUCACCGGGAAAGGGUAACUCAGAGUACACUAGAGAAUACAUGCACAAAGGAAAUACUGAGUAUUAUAUAUUAGAGAUCUCAUGCAGAGGAGUAGUCCUAAUAAUUUGAAGAAUUUGAUAAACAUGAUCCUAUUAAAAUAAUUCUAAAAGGAAGAUGUGUUCAUUGUAUAUAAAUUAUUAUGAGAAAAUAGGCAUUUUAAAGUGGUAGCUGUGUUUUAUGUGUGAAGACUUCUGCUUUCUGCUAUGGUGCUAUAGGAAGAACCAGAUAAACUCUCCUGCCUUAAGCAGCUAGAAACCGUACCAUUUAUGAAAUAGUGGUUUUUAGACAUAUGUCAAACACAGGUUUGUGAUCCCUGGCAGGAGAUGGACAAGGUGAGGAGAGCCCCACGACUGCCCAGCCUAGACCCUGGGGGCAGCGUCCAGGCUGCAGGUUAGGGAGGGGAAUGAAUGUGGUCCUGCUGGACUGAAGAGAGUUGCCGAGUUGGCGUCUGGGGAGCCCUGGUGGCUAGAAUUUGCAGGGAAAAGCUUCUGGAAGAAGCUUCCCAGAGAGGGCCUGCAGAAAUCCGCAGUGAGUCCCCCCUUGAGUCUGUGGGCUUUAGUGCUGAUUCACACGUGUGUGGAAGUAAGCUGAGACCAUGAGAGCGGCACUGGGGAGCAGUGAGCUCGGCAAGCCCUGGAGCUCAGCACCGGCGGGGACGGUUCACGUUCCCACCAGCCACACGAAAGCACGUGGGCAUCAAGAGAGUUCCCAGAACAGUAUUGUCUUGGUGGGGAGGGUAACUAACCCUAGAUUAAAAGCUACUCUGGAUCCACAGUGACUGGCGUCCAAACACUUACCUGGCAUGCCAAGGGGCAGGAACAUAUGACUUGUAACCAGGAGGAAAAUCAGGCAGUAGAAAGAGAAAAGACUGAAGUGAUUGGAAUUAGUAGACAGGGAUGUUCAAAUAGCUACUGUAAGUAUAAAGUAGAGGAAAACAUGAAUUUGACGAAACAUAAAGUGGAAGAUAUAUUUUUAAAAGCUCAAAUGGAACUUCUCAGGAUGAAAACAACAUCUGUAAAUUAAAAAAAAAACUGGAUGGAAUUAAGAACAUAUUAGACACAGAAGAAGGAAAACAAUCAAUGAAUUUGAACAGUAAGUAUAAAAAUUAUCCAGAUGAAUGAUACACACAGAGAGGAAAAGACUGGGGGGAAAGGAGAACAGGGAAUUAGUUACUGUGGCGUAACAUACAUGGAAUGGGAGGUCCAGAAAGAGAGGAGGGAGAAAAAGGAUUUGGAUAAACGAUGGCUGAAAAAUAUCCACAUAUGAUGAAAAGUAUGACUCCACAUAUUCAAUAAGCUCAAAGAACCCAACACGUAAGAAACAUAAAGAUACCAAUGGACAUCAUCGUCAAAUUGAUGAAAACCAGUGUUAAAGAGAACGAUUGUAAAACGCCUGGAGGAAAAGACACAACACGUUCACAGAACAAAGAAUAACAACAUACUUCUGGUCAGGAACUAUGCAAACUAGAAGACAGCAGAGUGACAUCAUUAAAUUAUGAAAGAUAAAAAAGAAACCCCUGCAACCUGGAGUUCGGUUGCCUGUCAAAAACAUCUUUCAAAAGUGAAAGCAAAAAAGACUUCAAAGAAACAAAAUCAGAGAGAGUUCCUGCCUUAAGGAAACAUUGAAGGAAGUUUGGGGGCAGCAAGAAAAGAACACUCUGGAAAUGGUGAAUGUGUGGGUGAAUAUGAAAGUUUUUUUUCUCAUUUUAAAAUCUUUCAAAAAGGUAAUGGACUGCUUAAAACCAAAGUAAUGACAACAUACUUGGGGUUAUGAUCUAUUUAGAAGUAAAGUGUAUGACUACGAUAGCACUUAAGUGUGAAUCUUUAAAAAUAGUUGAACAGACUGUCGUCUGAGACAGGGGCUCGGGAUGACUUGUGUUUGUAGCGACUGCGCGAUGGAAGCUGUCUGUGUUAUGGAUCUGUGCACGUCUCCACACCCAUUCUCCUUUUUCUGCUCUGCAUGCCCAGAGGGAGUGCACGACUGCUUCCUAGGGUUUCUGCUCAGGUUCACACAGGGAGGUAUGUGUCAGCCCUCCCUCCCUCCUGCUGGCCUACAGACACCCAGAUGGCUGCAGCUCCCUGCUCAUCAGAUGUAAGGGUGUUAACUGCUUCUGGGGGCUUCACCGUCCCUGGUUGGUUUUCUUAAUUGUGAACACAAAUCUGUAAAUAGUCCCUUUAUUAAAUGUUCUUGAGUUAAUAAUUUGAGUGUAACAUUUGUUUUCUGUGACGUGUUAAAUGAUGAACGGUUGACCAAAUUUUGAGUAUCAGUUACUGGUCCACGGGGCAAAGACUGACAUCUGUCAAGAUUUCUCACACUCAACAUCAGUGUUUUCUCUUUGUGUUUUAAUAAUUCAGUAGAAAUUAUAACAGAGUUCUUUGUGUUUUUUGUUUUGUUUUGCUGCAAACGUAAGUGGCUCUGGAGAUCAUUACCAUCUGCUCCAUAUGCUGGUGAUCUUGCAGUUAUUACUAGAGUUUCUUCACUGAUAGAAACCGAAAUGUUUAUGAGGUCUUUAUGCUGCCUCUGGGUUAGCUGAACACCUUACAAGAAAGCGUUGUUAUUUAUGUUAAAUGUGUACAGACAAGAAAAAGGUAGCCCAUUACUGAAUGAAGAAAGAAAGGAAUGAUGUACUGUACUUCCCUGUACUCUCAGUUUAAAAACUUGUGCUGCGCAAUUAAAAUACUCUUAUUCAA